AUGAUUACUAAAUUAGAUGCAAAAAGAGGUGAAGCAGCUCAAACUCUUAAUGAUCAGCUUCAAGUGAAAUAUGAUGUAAAGAAGCUUCAGGCUAGCGUUCAAGCGUCCAAGACACGAAAAUCACCAAAAAAAUCUCUACGGAAGGGAGCGAAAAGAAGUGCAAUAAGGCCAGAACAGCAACCUGCUAGGAAGGCACGACGAGAAUCAACUGAAGAUCAGUCAGCGGACCCCGAGAAAGAGCCUCCUGCAGAAAACGUUUGCCAAGUGAUUAUUAGUGAAAGUGAAGGUGCGGAAGAGCGAGGAGAGCUAGUGUCAAAGGGCGUCACUAUCAUAAGUACAGAAGAUGCAGAAAAUGCUGCUGACAUUGGAAAUCCAUCUCAUGCACAGAACUACAACAAGCAAAACAAAACAUCUCUCCCUCGGUUUACGGACCCUGAAUGGAUGAAGCAUGUUACCGUUUGGAACUUUGAUAAUGCUUUCCGACUUAUGCCUCCUACCAUAUGGAAAGAGCAUUUUGAUCUCAUAAAAUGGGUUUGGGAAAAUUCAGACCAUGCAGGAUUUGAUCCCUAUGUCAUCUGUAAUGUAGUAGGGAAAAGUAAAAAAAGAUUCACCUCGAUUACUGAAGAUCUGAUGUUGAUUUUAAUGAUUUGUAUGGAAAGAGAAAACAGUCUGGCAAAAAUUAUCCAGAGAUCAUCCAAAGCGUAUGAAGCCACUUUCGCUUGGCGCCGUUGCGAGGUUUCGGAAUCCUGCCGCCACGCAGUAGCUCCAAAGUCAGGAGUGGAUGAUUUCAUCAUAAACAGCGUUGGACCUUACGUUCAAUCUGAUUAUCCAAUUUUUAUGUGCAGUGGAACAUUCUCAGCUUGCAUUUACUUGAAGCUUGAUAGAAGAGCUAUGGCUGCUAUUUAUUGCGCUCAUGUUGCAUACCAUUCACUUUUGACUAAAACAUUAAACCCAUCAACGGGCAAGAGAGAGCAUAAAGAGAUUUUGGAGUCAGUUUGUAAAUUCAUGAAGCCUGCAAUGAUGAAUGGAUGGAUUGCUGAUAUACAAUGA